AUGUUAAAUCAUAACUUGUCAACAGUUCCAGCUUUAACAUCUAAUUUAUCAUCAUCAUCGCUAUCGAUUUUUUCUCCAGAAAUGAAUAAUUUCCAACUAUUAGAAUAUUUCAUAUUAAGAGAGGUUGACCAAUGUAAAAGUUGGUCCACUUUAUUCAGACUAAAUUCACCGUCAACCGAUUUAAUGUCACAGUUUCUCAGCAAUGACGCUUGUCGAACAUAUAUCUCCAAGUUUGUUUUGCCCAUCGUUUUGAUGGUAGAGAAAUCGAAUACAGACAACAUUGUUCCACGUGAAGUUGCCUUGAAAACCAUAAAACAAGUGACACAGAGCAUCGGCCAAUGUCCCGAAAUAAUAAUGAGCAUCUCCAAUUCAUUGCGCCGUAUAGUUUCAAUCAAGUUCCCGAACCACUGGAAUAUUGCAGUUGCCAGUUUCAUAUUCCUUCGAUCGAUAUCACCUGCAAUCGUUACCCCAGAGAAAAUAGGUAUCAAGUGUAAGAAGCUCACUGACAAGCAAAGAGACUUGAAGUUGAGCAUUGUGAAAUCACUGCAAGAAUUGGUAAACUCAUCCAUUUCAAAACCAACUUCAUCGUCGUCGCUGUCCUCACUCGAAGAAGAGGCAUGCUGCGAAACCGACGGCAAAGACAAAGACUUGACCGACUACUUUAACCGAAUUUCAGUAACACCAAACAACCCCGACAGAACACAACGAUUUAAAAUUUCACCACAAUAUAGAAACAAAUCAACCUACAAUUUAAAGCAAUACGUUAAUGACUCUCGAAAUGAAGAGAACCUAAAUGACCCGGUCCUACUAAAAGUUGAAGAAGUACUUUUGGCAAUCGAGGAGAAACAAUCGUUUAUGAAAAAAUUGAAAAAGAUAUUCAAAUAA